CAUUUUUUUAAUUAUUAUUACUCAUUAUUUUGGAUAACAAAUCAUUUCUGGUUUACAGUUGACAGGGGUUGUAAUUUGGCUACAUUAUCAUUAAAUGCAUCCAAACCAAUACUUUUUAUUAAAUCUUUUUAUUUUUUAUUUUACCGUCUGAACUUUUAGCAACCACAUGCUUUCCCAGAUGGCUUCCCUUUUUAAGUCCCUCACCUUCCAAUUAAUUUUCAAAAAAAGAUUAGCACCUGUGUGUCCAAACACAAGCAAAACACAUGCACUAUAAUUGAUUCGAUGUGUAUUGUCACCUUUAAUGACGGAAGUCCGGUAAACCGACACGUGUGCCCUUCAACACAAAGGCCAUCAAAAUUAUGAUUUGACAAAUGACAAGUCCAUGUAGAUCCUGCACUAAUCUUGCAUUCAUUCGCAACGGGCCAUUACGACGUCACCUGUCAAUCUUCCAUCGAUUACUCAUCUGCAUGGCAGAUGAUGCAUUGGAGUUUCCUCCUUUGCACCACCCAUAAAAAAAAGUGACAUGACAUAUCCUAGAGUUUGGUGACCUUGAGGAAUUGACGCACAGGUAGCUUAUAAAAGACAAGUAGUGAAGAGUUUCAGAAAGCAUCGACGAGCAAACGGUCAUACACACCCAGAGAGAAGAUACUGAAGCAGGACCAUUAGAAGACUGAUUUCUCUCUGUGCCACAGGUAGAUAUGGUCAAGGGAUUGAGGAUGUUGUGUCCACCUUGGCUCUUGGCUUUGGCUGUGCUGUGUGCGGGUGGGUCUGACGUUAGAGCUCAGUGCUGGGAAAGCACUCAUUGCCGGGACCUCACCACUGAGGAAAGCAUUUUGGAAUGCAUCCAGCUCUGCAGGUCUGAUCUCACGGAUGAAAGUCCAAUAUAUCCAGGAGAAAGCCAUCUGCAGCCUCCUUCUGAAUCAGAGCAAAACGAGAUCCUUUCACCGCUAUCCCCCCUUACAUUCACCCCCACCCUGGAUCAAAGGGCACCUGAGUCCAGCACCCGGCACGAGCACAAGCGCUCUUACUCCAUGGAGCAUUUCCGUUGGGGCAAGCCAGUGGGACGCAAGCGCCGGCCCAUUAAGGUCUACACCAACGGCGUGGAGGAGGAAUCUGCAGAGACCCUCCCAGCUGAGAUGAGGCGUGAGCUGGCCACCAACGAUAUCGACUACCCCCUGGAAGAGAACAUCUCUAACCAGCAGGAGAAAAAGGAUGGCACCUACAAAAUGAACCAUUUCCGCUGGAGCGGCCCGCCUGCCAGCAAGCGCUACGGAGGAUUUAUGAAAUCCUGGGAUGAGCGCAGUCAGAAACCCCUUCUCACGCUUUUCAAAAACGUCAUCAAUAAAGACCACCAGAAGAAGGACCAGUGAGGGGAUGUGUAGGGAUUUAGGGAUUGUAGAGAAUGGUUUUAAUAUACCAAAAUACAUUUCUUCCUAGUAAGCUUAUAGAUCAUAAAAUAAAAGGAGUUUAAAGUUUAUUUGCAUUGUAAUCAACAAUAAAUUCUGAAUACUGUA